AUGAUGAGUAUCAGCGGAAAACGUAAAUAUUUUUCUAUAAAUGAUCCAUUAUCAUCAUCCUUACCAACAAAAAAACGUUUUUUACAAUUUAUGUCAUUUAAUCUAAGACCAUCAUUAGUUCGAUCUGAUAUUUGUUAUCUUAGUCAAAUACCAAUUGAAAUACGUGAUUUAAUUUUAUUAAAAUUAUCUCCACAUGAACUUCAUCAAUUAGCUAAUACAAGUAAUGAAUAUUUUUCUAUUAUAUUAAAUUUUCUACGAUCAUCAAUGGGUACUCGUUAUCUUAAAUUAAUAUUGGAAACAACACCAGAUCGUCGUCGAUCAGGAGCUUGGGAAAAUCUUGGUCGAUUAUAUGGUUUAAUGACAAGUUUGGUGCCACUUUCGCGUCGAAUACAAAUUAUAAAAGAUGUACUUUUUACAAAGUUGAACUUGUUGGAUGAUGGUUCAUCUAUUGAAGAUUUAUCUCAUAUUGGUCGAUUUUUUGGUGAAGCAACAAGACAUUGGUCUGAACGAGAAAUUGCUUGGGCAUUUUCUCAAUUAGAUUCAUAUUUACAAUUAAAGAAAAAAAUUGAUCGAUUUUAUUCAUGUGAACAUGUCGGUAUCGAAAUUCAACUUGAACAUUCAAUACGUUUUUGUUUUCGUUUGGUUUAUUUUGAUUCGAUUCGACUUCAUGCACAUCGUGGUUGUUUACUAAAUGUUAUUCUUUAUAAACAACCGAUUUGGUUUCAAGCUCGACUUAUUUAUUUAUUAUUUGGACCUAUGUCAUUAAAUAAAAUUGAUUGGGAAAAAUUUUCUCGUGAUCGAUCAAAUUAUUUUACUUAUCCAAAUGUUGAUGAAGAACAAGCUUAUUUUGAUUUAAGUCGUGCUUUUAGUGUACUUAAUCGAUCAGCCCAUGCACAAAAAGCAUGGAAUAGUAAUAGCAAACUUGCUUUAUUAAAUGAACUUAUUGCACAACCAAUGUCAUGGAAAUCUGAAUAUGUUGCUGAAUUAUUAUUCUAUUGUGGCAGAGAAUUAUUAACAAAUGUAUUAAUUGCUUUUGCUAUGAAAAAUUAUCAUAAAGAAUAUGCUCAAUUAAUUCAUUCAUUAUGUAUAGUUGCUCGUCAACGUAAAGUGUAUUAUGAAAUAAUUCAAACAGCUGUUGAAGAUUCAUUUGAACGUUGUACACUUGUUGCUCAACGAAAUUCAAUUAUUAUUCAUUUACAAAAUGCAUUUCGUUGUGUGACAAGAAAUGUAAUUGCUGUUCUUGCUUCAUCAACAAUAACACAAACAGAUCAAUUACAUUAUUUACAACAACUUGAAGCGUUUGAUGCACAAAAAGCAUCACUUAUUUCAUUUCUUUUAACAAAUCAAUUUGAUCAGAACAAUUAA